UAGUAGGGCGGGGUAAAGGUGCCAAUGGGCAGGGCUGAGAAUUGGAGUAGAGUGCGGGAUGAGUAGUAAGUUGCACAGCAGCUGAGGAAGGUACACCCUGGGGAGAUCAUGGCUGUGGCUGCCGAGAAAGCAUAUUACCGUUUUGUGGUUCUAUUCUUCAACUGCCUGCUCACUUUCGGUUCUUACUUCUGCUUCGAUAUACCCAGUGUUCUGCAGGACCAGUUUCAGGGGGAUUUAAACUGUACCAAUGCAAGCCAGCCUAACAGCACGCACACUGGGUGCGUGGAAGGGCUAGGAAUGAGCCCUGAACAGUACAAUCUGCUCUAUGCAAUCUAUGCUUGGACUAAUGCCCUGGUAGUGAUUGUGGCUGGAUUUCUCAUCGACAAGCUGGGAAACCGAUUCGGCCUGUUUCUGUUCUCCUUUCUAACUGUCCUGGGCUCAACUAUAUUUGCAUUGGGAUCCCACUUUAAAGGCACACCCUACCUGCUGCCACUUAUGCUCACCGGACGGCUGCUGUUUGGUUCAGGGAAUGGAUCACUGACAAUUGUACAGAACCGAAUCACAGCCUUUUGGUUCAAAGGGAAAGAACUGGCACUGGCAUUUGGCCUCACCCUGUCCUUCUCUCGACUUGGCAGUGUCCUCAACUUUUUUCUCACAAAGAGGUUUGAGGAUCAGUUUGGCAUCCAGUGGACUCUUUGGGGAGGAACCAUCCUGUGUGUCCUGGGCUUUUUCUCUGCCAUCACAGUCAGUGCGCUGGAUAAAGUUGGCAUGAAGCAGCUUGGCCUGGAAGGAGCCAUUCAGGAAGGAUCCAAGAAAGUGAGAGUGCAGGACAUCCGACGCCUACCUCUGCGAUACUGGCUGCUAGUUCUCACCAUCAUGUUUUUCUACAAUGGAGUCUUCCCCUUUGUGGCAGACGCCAGCAAGUUUAUCCAGGACAAAUAUGAAGGGUAUGACCAGCAGACAGCCUCCUACAUUGCUGGAGCAGUUUAUGACAGCUCCCUGGUGCUCUCUGCCAUUGUUGGAAUAUUGAUUGACUAUGUUGGAAUGAGAGGGAUUCUGGCUGUGCUUUGUGCUGUGAUGACUCUCCCUGUUUUUGCCCUUUUGGCUUUUACAUAUGUCCCUCCAUUGGUUUCCACACUUUGGCUCGGAGUCACGUAUUCAUUUGCUGCAGCAAGCAUGUGGCCAUCUAUACCACUGGUGGUUCCCCAGGCUACAUUGGGCACGGCGAUGGGUCUUGCCACCUCUGUGCAGAUGAUUGGAAUUGGACUCUCCAACCUGAUUGUAGGCAGGAUUCUUGGUACUAAAUCCAGUCAAUCCAAGAUUCCACUGUGGCACUGGCAGCAAAUGAUGAUCUUCAUGCUGGCCAAUACCAUUGCAUGCAUUGUGUGUUCCGUGGCACUGAACCUGGUGGACAGGAAGCAGGGGGGCACUCUGAACAGAAUGACAAAGCGUAGACCUGCAGUGGAGCAAGAGGCCAGAGAGGAGAAGGACAGGGCGCCCAUUCUAGGAGAGGAGGAGGAGGAGGAGGAGGAUGAUGAUGAUGAUCGGCGGUCCAUCAACUAAAAACUGUCCUUUCCAUGCUUUAUCUACAAAAGGCAGUUGCCAUAGGCUGCCAUUUAUCGGACUGUGUGUGAGUGGCUACAUAUCGGGCUUAACUGGGAAUGUGCUCGAACACUCUCACAUCUCUGUCCCGGCACCCACUGGGACUACACCGAGCACAACACCUUCAGAUAGGCCUUACUGCUGUUUCAUCUGCUUCACUAGCAGAUUCCCCUGCAUUUACAGCAGUAUUUGACGUGCCCUGAGAAGACCCUUCAGACCUAAUGAAGCUGAAGGAUGCCAUUUUUAUUCAUGCAUUCAUUAAUUCAGUUACAGUUAAGCUUUUAAGCAAUAUGCUAAAAUUAUACUAAAAAGGGAUUUUAUUAGCUGAAAACAUUUUUACAGUUUAGCAAUCGUGAGCAACAUGUGUAUAAUUCUUUCAGUGUGGCUAGGAUGGCACUUUGGGUUACAUGUGAGUGCACAUAUAUGUGCUGAGCCUCAUGAUUCAAGCCCCCCUCUCGUUAAUAAUAAGUGUUAACCAUGUGAAUUGGAGAAGGCUCCCAGUGGCCCACUGUGUACUAAAAAAAUGUAGUUCAUUAAGCAAUACAUUGGACUUUUUUCUGAUAACAGUGUUUUUAGUUUGAUAAUAAAAGGGACUAUUUACUGGC